GGAAGCAUAGGUACUUCACAAUAGUUGAAUCAUGAUGAACAACGCCAAAACGAUCCGUGCUACUGUUUUACACCUCGCUUAUUAACCAAACUGUACAGCGACAUUUUCAACACCAUUGCCAUGGUAAAUUUAUGUUUAUUGCAAUACAUUUAUUUGAGGCAACAACAUGCAGUUUGUAUAUGAAAGCUAGUUAGCUGGCUAACAUUAGCUUGCCUCGUGUGGGUUAACUGAGCGACACACACUGAGACAUAACAUAGGCGACACCGGACAAGAAGCUAGCUAUAAUGCCAAGUAGGCACGCUGCUGUGGAGGUAACUAGUUAUAACAAUAUCUUUAGCUAAUUUGAUUGAUAAAGAAAGUUAGUUAGCUAGGUAGUAAAUAUAGCUAGCUAAAAAGAUGUUGCCGGGUUCUCCAAAACAUGUUGUAACCAUGUCAAUGUAACACCAGCUCCCCAAAAUAUUUCAAAAUUAGCUAGUUAACUAUCAGACAAUUUACUGUUACCUAGCAAAUAAAAAAACUAUUACUCUAGCUAGCAAUUUUUUGCUAAUGUUGUUCACAACUCACAGGUCAAUUUUUUUUGUCUUCCCAUUCUUUUCAUCCUCCUAGGUACCCACAGACUUUCAAGCAUUGGUCCAUCGAUUUUACGCCGUUCAAGCUGAAAGGGUAGAAGCGUACAGGCUUUUCGAUGAGUAAGUAGGCCUGCAUUAUUUUCAGUUGGUGCAUAGAUGCACUUCCUGCCUUUCUGUUCAUUUAAAGUAGGUGAAGGUGGUCUAAUAUUAUGUUUAUUUCUCUCCAGAGGCCAUGAAGCAUACUUGAGGACCGGGCCCCACUAUGACUUCGACCACUACAGGCAGCUGGUGCAUGAGAUAACGCAGGCUUUCUGUGGCCUCUCAAAGGAGGUGCUAGAGAUCAAGGAGCAGCUGCACCAAGACUUCAACCGUCCAGAUCUCUCCGAACACAUUGACAAGCUGCAGAGUAAAGAAAAGCAGAAGCUUGAGCUGGUAAACACUCUCUUACCUACCUCUUUGACCUGGGACAGACUUUAAGGAAACUCCUGACCUGUAAAACGACUAACCAAAAUUGAACUGACCCUUACCUUAACCAACCCCAUAACCACAUUUUAACAAAUUCUGAAAUUAAAUAUUGUUUUUCCGGUCAGGUGUGUUAGUAUAGCCUGAGUGCCAGUCUGUUUGUGCCAUCCUGCCACCUUCUUGUCACUCAUUGUCAUGCCAAACAUGGCUUAACUAUGAGCAAUGGAGUUGGCAAGCACACAAACGGAUCUGGAACCAGGCUAUAAACCCCUAACCCCCCCCAGUGUGCACUUGCUCACUCCUCACAAAUUGAAAGAUUGUAUCGGUGUAAAUAUGAGAAAAAUUAAUUGUGUAGCAUAUUUUUUACACCAGGUUUAGUUGGACUGAAUCGAUGUGCAGCCUCUGUAACAGUGCUCAGUUGACUGAUGUUGGCGUUUAGGGAUUACAUAUGGAUAUCAAGCAUUGAAUUUUAAAUAGCUUAGAAGAGUUUUCAGUUGAGCAUGCAUAUAUUUACAGUACAGUGCAGUUCUGCAACUCCAGUUCUGGGGAUCUACUGGAUGUGCCUGCUUUUAUUCUAGACCAUCAAUAUCACACCUGAUUCAACUAAUUAAAAUCAUGAUCUUCACACUCUGGGACAUGAUUAGCAGAAUCCAGUGUGUUACUAAAGGGCUGGAACAAAUACCUGCACACCCAGUAGCUCUCCAGGACCCGUUUUGAGGCUUCUGUAAUAGUGCAUCACCUCCAAGGUUCAUCAUCAGACUUCCAUCAGUCAGCCACAAGGGGUCAGAUUUCUCCCCUGAGAACGUAACACAUCCUGUAUUUCCUGCUUCAUCAGUGUUCAUUGUUCAGCAAUUGAACAUGACAAGGUAAAUUCAUUAUUGUUAUCAAUAGAGAGAAGCAAUCAUGCAACAAUUGACACAAAUAGUAGAGAAAUAUUUUAAUGAUCACGCUUUGUAAUGCACAAUUGUAAUGUGAAGCUCAGAAUCUGUCAGUAAACGGGAAUUUAACAAGAUUUAAAUAAUGGCUUCCAUUUUCCACACUUAAUUUUCAUCACGUCAGAUGUCUGGCAUCGACUUUCCUUCUUCUGGAUCUAGGCUAGUGGCAAGGCCCCCGCAUUUUUGAGAUGCUCCUACCCCACAUCUUGAAUGUCUCCCAUUUAUGAAAUGGAUUGUUGUAUUUUACUGUAAAAGUGGUUAAUUUGAUAGAUAUUGUGACACACCCCCUAAACUCAAACAGUGCAGAAUAAUGCCUGGCUGGAGGGGGGAUGGGCCACAUAAGCUCAUGUAACCCAAUAUUGCAAGCGCUGAUAUUGCUCAAAUGUAGAAUACAAGUAGGCACUUGUCUGUCCUACAUACACAAUCUUAAUGCAUGUUGGAAAUAUAGAACUGUAAACACAAAGAUACAAUAGGCGGAAAUGUCAACUAUUAAUAAUUCUGAUGAAUGUAAGCUUUACUUUUUGGUAGCUGAUUAGUGAAAUUUGAGCUCAUUCAGUGCGGUAUGGUCCUGCCUGACAAGAAUACAUACAGUUACACAUGUUUUUUGAUGUGGCUAUUGUAAUCUGCUCUAAGGAAAACAAGUGGGCUCAGACAUCAGAAUUAGAUUUUUUGGGUCCAAGGUUCCUUGGGAACUAAACAAAACCUCCAGGGGACCAUGACACAAUGUACUAACCACUUUAGGUGACCAUUUCGUGAUGUUCCGGGGACGUCCUUAUGACUCGUUGUUUGCAGGGACGUUCCCUUGGGACCAUCACGCAACGUCCUAAUGACUAGUAAAGUUGAAGUCCUGAGAACAUCCUAAAAAGGUCCUCAGUGACAUCCUGGAAACUUACAGGGAACUAGACAAAGGUCCCCCAGAGAACGUUCCCUUGGGACCAUCAUGCGACGUCCCCUUGACCAUCAUGAAACGUCUGAUUGUGGUCAUUGAACGUCCCAUGGAUAAAAAUGUUGCCCGCACUACAGACGGCAAUAUCGGUCAGCUAAUACAGGACUAGUAAAGGCCCAGUGCACUACUUUUGUGAUUUUUUAAAUAAAAGUCUCCUUGUCCAGGAGAGAUUUACACUGAUAUCAAAACGUCACUCCAGGGUAAGGCUACACGAAACACAGCCCUUAUUUUAAGUGUUUCUAAAAUCCCCUAUGGGAAAAAUGAAUGGUGGAAAAACGAUUGGAACCAUUUCCCUGUUUAACCGCUAGGUUUUAUUGGUAUUAUGACUAAUACUGUGGUACUCUAUAGGCAACUUUGUAUUUGUAGUCAACUUCGUUCCCAAGUUAUCGGCGGUCAGAGAGAGACUGAUAAACAGCUUGAUUAUAUGUUUAGCAGAGAUAUCUUCUGUGUAUAAAGUGACGCGGAACGGCAAAAAAUCCAUUAACAACGCACUUAGCUGGUCUACGAGUGGUCUGCGUCAGUCGGUAAAUAACAAGCGUUUUCAGUGCAACUUUACAUUUUAGUCAUUUAGCAGACGCUCUUAUCCAGAGCGAAUUACAGUUAGUGAGUGCAUACAUUUUUCAUACUGGCCCCCCGUGGGAAACGAACCCACAACCCAGGCGUUGCAAGCGCCAUGCUCUACCAACUGAGCUACAGGGGACUGACGAUGGUUUUGGGAAACAACUCGGAGAUUUUACGAUGUGCCUACAAAGGUUCUAAUGAUGAACUUAGCCUUAAGAUGCUUUUGGGAAAACGGGCCCUGAAUGAUGCAGGGGAUACUCCAGUAGUUGAAUGAUUAGUUGUCUGAUUGUAAAGGAGAGUCUGUGAAAGGACUGUCACAAACAGACCUGCCUUUAGAGUUUUUUUAUGUUGAAUGUGGCAAAAAGUCUUGCAGGUCCGUCCUACAUAUUCAUUUGGAAGUCGGUUAGGAUGAUAAUUUGGCUGAUAUUAACUGUGGGUAGUUGGCUGUGAUUAUGGUCUGAGGCAGGCCCAGCAGGAGAUGAGGAGAGUGACCGACCCAGUGAGGUGACCUCAGGUUAAUUAGAGGUUACUUGGAGUGUAGGUCUUAGACUAUGACUAAGAAGCAUUAUGAGGGACGUAGCACAGCUCCACACACAUAUACAUUUCAAGAUGAUCCCUGGACUGUAGAGGGAUUGCAGAGGCGGUGGAGCUGGUCCCGUGUAGCUCAGUCGGUAGAGCAUGGCGUUUGCAACACCAGGGUUGUGGGUUUGAUUCCCACGGGGGGCCAGUAUGGUAAGAAAAAAAGAUGUAUGCACUCACUAACUGUAAGUCGCUCUGGAUAAGAGUGUCUGCUAAAUGACUUAAAUGUAAAUGUCAAGCAAAGUGCACAAAGGCCACUAUAUCACAGUCAAUCCCCAGCCACCGUAAACGAUGACAUACAGCAUCUUUGUUUAAAUUUGACUAUCCUAAGGGGCCUCUUGUUUGCCAUAGCAUAUAUCCUUAAACGGAUGUUGGGAUUACUGCAAAGUUUCCCAGACCAAUGCAUGAGUCAGCUCAACCUGAACAGCAUCAGAGUGCACCGGUACACCCAAUGUGCAUCACGACUGCAGUGAGCCAGCAGAAGGUCAUGUUGGAUUCAGGCAGCCGUAUUGGAUUAUCCAUUAAUCAAAGCUCACUUCUAAAUGAUAAGGAGGUGACUUAAGAGCCCAAUCCUGGAGAGGCAAGUUGUAGAGCUAGGGAAAGGGUGUCAGAGUCCAGGGUUGGAUUCUCCCAGUUGUCUCAUUGAUCCUCAAAGGCUUGUAAAUUUGAAUAUUUGGUGUUGCCAUGCCAAGCAGUCUGCAGCCUUUAAAAAAAAUUAUCCAGACAAAGGUGUUUGAGUGUAAUUAUGGCAGGCAUAUUGGAUUCCCAACGAAGUUGAAUUACACAAAAAUAGUAUUGAGUCAGGUCAUAAGAACAGUACACAAAUCUGAAAGAUGUCUCAUUUAAAACCUCUCUAUAUACAGGUGAUUUAACCACCAUUUAAUGGUAAUGUGGCAGCCAUAUUGGAUUUUGGACGUCAUAUUGGAUUUGGAGUCAAAUCUAGGGGUUCCCCUAACGUAACCGUAAGAGUCGGUGCUGAACAAUUAAAAUCCACAGAGAAAUUUUGACACAAAAAAAAAAUUGUAUGAUUUUUAAGUAAUUCAUUUGCAUUUUAUUGCAUGACAUAAGUAUUUGAUCACCUACCAACCAGUAAGAAUUCCGGCUCUCACAGACCUGUUAGUUUUUCUUUAAGAAGCCCUCCUGUUCUCCACUCAUUACCUGUAUUAACUGCACCUGUUUGAACUCGUUACCUGUAUAAAAGACACCUGUCCACACACUCAAUCAAACAGACUCCAACCUCUCCACAAUGGCCAAGACCAGAGAGCUGUGUAAGGACAUCAGGGAUAAAAUUGUAGACCUGCACAAGGCUGGGAUGGGCUACAGGACAAUAGGCAAGCAGCUUGGUGAGAAGGCAACAACUGUUGGCGCAAUUAUUAGAAAAUGGAAGAAGUUCAAGAUGACGGUCAAUCACCCUCGGUCUGGGGCUCCAUGCAAGAUCUCACCUCGUGGGGCAUCAAUGAUCAUGAGGAAGGUGAGGGAUCAGCCCAUAACUACACGGCAGGACCUGGUCAAUGACCUGAAGAGAGCUGGGACCACAGUCUCAAAGAAAACCAUUAGUAACACACUACGCCGUCAUGGAUUAAAAUCCUGCAGCGCACGCAAAGUCCCCCUGCUCAAGCCAGCGCAUGUCCAGGCCCGUCUGAAGUUUGCCGAUGAUCCAGAGGAGGAAUGGGAGAAGGUCAUGUGGUCUGAUGAGACAAAAAUAGAGCUUUUUGGUCUAAACUCCACUCGCUGUGUUUGGAGGAAGAAGAAGGAUGAGUACAACCCCAAGAACACCAUCCCAACCGUGAAGCAUGGAGGUGGGAACAUCAUUCUUUGGGGAUGCUUUUCUGCAAAGGGGACAGGACGACUGCACCGUAUUGAGGGGAGGAUGGAUGGGGCCAUGUAUCGCGAGAUCUUGGCCAACAACCUCCUUCCCUCAGUAAGAGCAUUGAAGAUGGGUCGUGGCUGGGUCUUCCAGCAUGACAACAACCCGAAACACACAGCCAGGGCAACUAAGGAGUGGCUCCGUAAGAGGCAUCUCAAGGUCCUGGAGUGGCCUAGCCAAUCUCCAGACCUGAACCCAAUAGAAAAUCUUUGGAGGGAGCUGAAAGUCCUUAUUGCCCAGCGACAGCCCUGAAACCUGAAGGAUCUGGAGAAGGUCUGUACCAAAUAUUAAGUUCUGCUUUUCUGAUGUAUCAAAUACUUAUGUCAUGCAAUAAAAUGCAAAUUAAUUACUUAAAAAUCAUACAAUGUGAUUUUCUGGAUUUUUGUUUUAGAUUCCGUCUCUCACAGUUGAAGUGUACCUAUGAUAAAAAUUACAGACCUCUACAUGCUUUGUAAGUAGGAAAACCUGCAAAAUCGGCAGUGUAUCAAAUACUUGUUCUCCCCACUGUAUGUGCCUCCCCCCUCCAGCCAGGCAUUAUUCUGCACUUUUUAAGUUUAGGGAGUGUGUCACAAUAUCUAUCAAAUUAAUCACUUUGUCAGAAAAAUAUUUUUACACAACCAUCCAAUUCAUAAAUUAAAGACAUAAGAAAUGUGAAAGAACAUGGUUGUAUUUUGUUCUAUGUCGGGUAGGGAUAUCUAAAAGAAAAAAAAAUGGGUAGGGGUAUCUCAAAAACUAACACCCGUUUUGAGGAUUGGUCUCUAGUUUGGCCCAGGCUGGUGUUAAAUUUUGAUUGCUCCACGUCUGAUAAAUGGUUUACACGUCUCAUUGUCCACAGACGGCUAAGCUGCAGCUGGCAAAGCAGAAGGCUCAGGAUCACCCAGAAGACGAGGGCUGUCAGGAGAAGAUCCAGGAGGUCAAGCAGGAGUAA